AUGUCGAGCCUCUUCCUUCCUCGCGACUCGGUGCCGAAACGCAACGACGACGGCUCGCUGGCCGUGGUUCACGUCGCCGACGUCGAUGUUGACGCCGGCGAGAUUGUCGUCAUCCCCAACCCCACUACCACCUCCAUCAUGGCCCGCCAGGUCAUGUUCCACAAGACUUACCUCUUCGAAGUCAUCGAGGAGAACACCGCCGACAUCGGUCCCACCUGCGAGAUCCUUAGGCUCCGCCUUCAGAUCCUCACCGAGCGCGCCAAAGCCCACAUCCAACGCCAAUCCUCCUACGCCUCAGCUCAUGCAGCUUACGUGUCUGCGCUGAACGGCAGCUACGCCUACGGCCUGAACAUCCUCGAUCAGCGUGACUUUGACGACGAGUCCAAGCCUCACGCAUGGGGCGUCGAGAGCAUGACCGACAUCAUGAAGCCCAUCAACUACCACGUCGUCUUCGCGCCAGCCACCACUACCACCAUUGCCUCUGGGACGUCCUCUGUUGUCGCCUCCACUUCUCGCUGCACUAAGCGCGCUGCGUCCGACGCACCAUCUGCCAGCGCUGACUCCCUCUCCAAACGUGCUCGUCUUGACUCUGAACUCUCCGCUUCCAACGGCGGCAACCUUCUUAAUGUCACAGCCACCUACACGGCCUACUACAGUGAUCCGUCUACCAGGGACAAGAAGCGCAGUAGGUCUGACUCUGACGAGGAAGACCGCACUUCCAAGCGCGCACGCGAGUCCUCUGACACGACUCUGCCGCUCUCCGCCACCGUCCUGACACCCCUUCCCCUCGACGACGACGACCUCACUGACGCGGACGCUGACGGCGAGGAAGACGAGGACUACACGCCCGCCAUCACUCCCGAAGUCGUUCGACCUAACCCUACCACUGCCCCCUCGACGGCUCACGAGCCGCAUCCUGUCGUCGGCUGCGGACCUCGCGCCACUCAAGGGUUCAAGAUGCCCUGCAUGCCGAUGACAUAUCAUACUGCGAUGCCUCGUCGGGCCGAGGUCGACGACGUCCCCUUUGAUGCCAAAGACCUUGCCGCUGUCGAUGAGCCCGCCUCUGUUGACGACGCCCUCGAUGCUGACACUCCCGUCUCCAAUGACGAUGAUUCCGUCUCAGUGUACGAACCGCCCUCUCGCUCGCCUACACCUGUGCCUACCCGAAGCAGCCGGCGCCUGCGCUCGCGCAACGCGAAGCCCUACGAUAGGCCCUCCACUAGCACCAAUUCUCGAGCGUCUGCCAAGAAGUCAAAGUCAAAGUCCAGGGCCUCAACCUCUCGCUCCGCCUCUUCCCGCGCCUCUUCUUCUUCUUCCCCCACCCCCAAGAGAAAAUUCAAACCCAUCGACGCCGCCGCUGCCAUCAUCGGCAGCAACUGCAAAUUCCCAACCGCCGUUCGGCGCCUCAUCACCCCAGUCGACGUGCCCCACCACAUCAACUUCGGCCUCGACAACGCGCGCCCGGGCGCGAAGAAACCCGCCUGCAGCAUCUGCGGGCACGCGACCAAGGGCCCGGGCGACCUCUCGCGCCACGUCCUCACGCACAUCCGCUGGCUCUCGGACGGGACGGGGGAUAUGGAGCGGGGCGGUCUCUGGCGGUGCGAUCAUGAGGACUGCGAGUUAGGGUACGCGCGGAAGGAUUCGCUCAAGCGGCACCUGGAGACCAAGCGGGACCACACGGGGAGUCUGGAGGCGCAAUGCCAGCCGGAGAUGCUGGUGGGCCAUGACAAGCAUUGGAAGAUCGUCAAGUUUGACGUUCGCGCCGACGACUAG